UUUGACCAAAUAUUUGAGGCUGUGGGGUAUGAUCUUCAUCCCCUGCCUAAAACAGAGAGAUCUCAGCCUAAUCCAGCUGCCUAUAUAACGCCAAGGCCAAGACGACGAGCUAUCGAUUUAUUAGGUCAAGCUACCCACACCAAAUUCAAUCACCCAGGCACGCAACUAGCAGCAAUCCGCGCCAGAAUGAGGAGGACCUCGCUUCUCGCCCUCGCCAUCGCCAUCGCCUUCGCCGCCGGCGCGCUCGGCUGCUGCGGCGGCGUCGCGGCCGCCGACGCCGUCGCCGAGUCGUGCAACUCCAUCCGCGACUUCGUCGACGUGUCCUUCUGCGAGGCGCGGCUGGGGUCCGUCCCGGGUGCCGCGGCGGCGGACCGGCACGGCCACCUCCUCAUGGCCGCGGACCUGGCCACGGCGAGCGGCGCCUCGGCCGGGGACGCCGCCACGGCGGCCGCGGCGCGCGGCGCGACCGACCCGGCCGCGCGGGACGCCCUGCGGGCGUGCGGGUUCCUGUACGGCGCGGCGUCGGUGCCGGCGCUGCGGCUCCUGCGCGGGUACGCGGCGGCGCGGGCAUGGGGCGCCGCGCGCGCGCUGCUGCUGCUCACGGGGACGGCCGGGAUCGGGUGCGACGCCGCGCUCGCGGGCACCGCGGCCGCGGGCGGGAUUGCCGCGGCCAACCGCGAGUUCGACCAGCUCUCCGCCAUGGCCACCGCGCUGCUCAACGUCGUCGACUAGCUAGGUCGCCGGCCGGCCGGCCGGCCGGCGGCGCCGGGCGCCCUGCCGUUGCGUGCAUGCACGCGCACGUACCCUGCUCAAGUGGCAUUGCUGCUUGCGACAUGGCCACAUGUGUUGGGUUUUCAGUGAUGGAUCAAUAAUGUGACCGAUUGUGUUGUAACUACUGAUUCACUGCGGUCUUAAUUCA